AUGUACCAAGCCAUCCAUGUGCCUCGUGGAGCUGCGUUGCUGCAUCAGAUUCUCCACCAGCUAGGCCAGAGCUGCCCUUGGCAAGAAAAGAGCCAACCGGACCAGCAGACCAAGUCGACCGAGGAGAGGAGAAGCCUAAACCUGGCAAACUCCAGAUCGGCUGGGCCGCUUUCGAUUGACUACUUGGCGACUACUACUACUAGAACGUUAUUAUCAAGCCUCUCCCCAUCUCCAUCUCCAUCUCCAUCUCCCAUCUCCCAUCUCACAUCAUCCACAUCCCAGCCGCCGCUCUCCUGCUCCUCUCGUCGUCCUUCUCCUCACUUCGGGCACGGCAUCACCAAGACCAGCAGCGACGUCGAACCGGGGGCUCGAAUUCUGCCGAGUGACACUCCGCCACCGGGCCUUGUCAAAAGCCCACUCCAUUGGCCGGAAACGAGGCUUAAGCGUGGCGCUGCCGCUCUCUGGUAUCCUGCCCACCUGGAGACUGGCACCAUCACAGGAGCUAGCACUCGACUAGUACCUGCUAAGUACUGGGUAGUCCAGUGCGGCUCGACCAAGGGAACGAGUCCUGGCGGCCCUUUUUUCGCCUCCCGCGCAAAGGAAAAGGCGCCAUUGGGGGAACAAGGCAAAACGACUCGCAGAAGGGAGGCUAUUCGCCCGCUCCCUCUUGAACCCGCAGGCACCCCUCACAAUACGCCUGCUUGCCGUUCCGUUUCUUCUCUCAGCUCUGCUUGUCGAGUGCCAAUAUCAAACCCCUUGCGAGAAAAGAAGAAGCCCCGACGCGAGCAUCACCACGACGAGGGAGAGCAAAGCCCAGCCGCAGCAACGAGACGGCGCCGUACUCUCUUUAACUUCUUUUUCUCCAUUUUCCUCUCGACUUUUCCUCCUCAAUCUACCUACAGGAGGACAUUCCAAAUCGACUUUCUUUCCCCUCCAUCUACCUCUUCUUCCGCCGACAGCGACACAGCGAACACGAAUACGGAAGACGCGGACGGCGAUAACAGUGACGGCAUCGCCCGCCGAAAAAUACCGAGCGAGCGAGAUAGCCCAGAAGGAAGGAAACGCUCGGCUCAUCUAGCCUUCGGCUUCGAGGAAGCAUCAACUAUGGAUUCCUUUAUCCACGUUGCCGGCUGGUCUCAGCACUUUCCCUCAUCGUCAGCCAGAUCACUCAGCCACCUCCGGUCAAUAUCAACUGUACCAGGAACCGGUGACGAUUCAUCGUCAACAUACAGGCCUCGACCGCCGCCCAAAUCGCCGUCGGUUUCGAAUCUGCCCAUCAUUUCAUUCGCGUCAAGAGCUGCCUCAUACUUCCCCUCCCACGAGAUGAGCACACUACCCGAUCCGCGAAUACGAACCGCCAGCUCGUCUAACAACGGACUCCGGCCUUCAACUGCACACCCGGACCUAAGCAAAACCGAUGGCGAUGGCGCUUCUACCAACUCUCAACAUCCCGGACUCAGCGACGAAGUUGCUACGCUCAGCACAAAACUUAUCAACGCCAUCAACCACCAAACUGCACUUGAUGAUACACUAUCAGCGACUCGUCAUGAGCUCGAGAAUUCCCACGGACGCAUCCGCGAGCUGGAGGCCCAGAUUGCCUCUCAGCGCGAGAUGAUGGCCGGUGACGUCUGGAUCCGCAAGACAACGUUGGACAGCGAGCGAAAAGUCUGGUUGACAGAGAAGAAGUCAAUAGAAAAGAAGCUUUCUGAGGAGACAACAGGCCGAAUAGAAACGGAGAGGGAGAAGCGAAAGAUUGAGCAGGAGCUGGAAAACCUCACAACAGCUCUCUUCGAGGAGGCAAACAAGAUGGUCAUUGCUGCCAAGGAAGACGCCCAGUUCCAGCAUGACGUGUUGCAGAAGAAGAACGACCAGCUCAAGGCUCAGCUCGCAGAUUCCGAGAGCCUUCUCAAGUCUCAACAGGAGCAGCUUUCCGAGCUGAAGCACGUCCUCGAGACCAUGGUGAUGGAGCGCGACGACCAAAGCAACAACAACAACACAACCCCGUCAACUCCAGGUGUCGAAGCCAAGGAGGAAGACAAAUCUCUCCAGGAGAAGCCAAUGCCAUCUGCUCCGGGACACCACGCCGAAACACACCAUACUCCGGCCCCUCCGACCAGCCUUACCCAUCUUAUCCAACCUGUCUUGCGGACCGAUAUUGCUGGAUAUGAGGAUUUUGUCGCCCUCGCUCGUCUUUCGCACCAGCGCCCUGGAAACCGUGGAUCCGCUGGCUCUAUUGGCGGAUUCAUCGGACUAGGCGGCUCAACCUCCAGCGCUCACCUCUCUAAUGCCUCUACCUCGUCGUUGAGCGCCUUUUCAAACCUCGCCCCAAGCACUAGCAGCAGCACGCCGCAAUCUCCAAACGCAUCCGCAAAUGCAAACGCAUCCAUCACCAGCGCUACAUCGACUCCUUCGACGAUUCCCCAACUCAAGGACACUCGCUUUUUCAAGCGCGCCCUGACCGAAGACGUUGAGCCCACACUGCGUCUUGAUGCCGCUCCAGGAUUGUCGUGGCUGGCUCGCCGCACUGUCUUGGCUGCCAUGGCCGAUGGCUCGCUGGUGGUUGAACCAAUCCCAGCGCCGCCGACGACUCCAAGCUUCCUCCCCGUCCCUAAGCCGCAGUUUUAUCCCUGCUCUUUGUGUGGCGAGAGUCGUAAAGAUGCAGAGUACCUGCGCACUUACCGCUUCCGGACAAGCGAAACUGAUUCUGCGCAGCGAUAUCCUCUUUGCGGCUACUGCACCGUUCGCGUUCGAUCCACCUGCCAGUUCCUGGGGUUCCUUCGUAUGGUCAAGGACGGAUACUGGAGGGCCGACGAUGAAGAGAACGAGAAGGCCGCCUGGGAGGAGAGCGUGCGUCUGAGGGAGCAAAUGUUCUGGGCUCGCCUGGGAGGUGGUGUUGUCCCCGUUUCCCAUGGAGAGACACACGCGGAGGCGUCCCACAGCCGUCAGCCAAGUCAGGAGCGGGCCAUCGAUGCCUCUACCGAUGUGUCAACCAACGUUCACGUUCCCACUGAUGUGGAGAUCCCACCCGAAGCUGAUGUGCCGGCCGAUGCUGAUGUCUCAACCGACGUCGAGACGUCAACCGAUGUUGACGCAUCUACAGACAAGGAGGAAGAUGCCUCCGUUGCCGACACCAGCUUCGACACAGCUCCCCCCUCAGAGAUUGAGGACGAUGACACUAGCGAGUUCGACUUGGAACGCCGCGUUUCUACGGAUGAACCUCACACACCCCCGGACCAGACUGACGGCACCAAGCCUCUCCGCUACUCGGUUCAGUCCCUGACCCUGAGUGCUAUUAGCACCUCGGGAUCCGAGGCCACCAAGCGCCUGUCUACGACCACCGUCAUCGAGAACUAA